AUGGGUGCCUCUCUCCAAGACCUCCCCGUCGAGCUGUACAUUGCCAUCAUCUCGCAGUUUGACGAUGAUGACCGUCAGCAAUCGCUUCUUGCCCUCAGCCGAGCCAUUCCCCGUUCGCCAGUGCCUACACAUCUCCUCUAUGAAAGAAUCAGCCUGCGACGUCCGGACCAGGUUUUCCGGCUAUACAGCCAUCUCCGACGCGCUCCUCAAAAUGCUUCCCGCGUCCGGUGCUUCUCGUUGGAGUGUUGGACGAUAGAUGCAGAUGUAUUCGUCAACCUGAUGGCCUUGCUGCCCUUCAUGAUGCGAUUAAGGAUGCACGUUGGACCAAACUUUGCUCCGGAACACAUGGAGGAGAUAUUCAAUCGACCAAAAGAAGGGUUACAGUUCAUAUCCAUGCGAUUUCGUCCAUACGUGCAACGUGCGACGUACUAUCAGUUCUUGAAGGGAGCGUACUUCGAUUCUACCCUACUGGCGUUGUCCCGAUGGCCCCCUCAGACACUGCCGACGCUAUCUAUCGUGCAAGACCCACUAGACCCUUCCAUAGCCCCUACCAACUUCGCGCAGCCACUGGUGUUCUUUCGCCUUGAUCCUCUAUCUACCCUUGCCGUCUCCCCUCUAUGUCACGACUUGAAGCACUUUCGACUCAGAGUGCCUAGCAGGCAAGUCUGUCGUCACCUCCAUGCUCUCCCGAAGUCCUUCCCCCACUUGGAGCUCCUCGACAUGUGUACGAGCAACGUCAGUGUUCGGGAUCUGGAAGGUCUCUUAGGACGACUCCCGGACUUGCGAGUACUCGUCUUAGACGAAUGCCCAAUCGUCAGCCAACGGAUAGACGUGCAGGUCAACGCCGGAGAACCUUUCCUUCAGUGGAUGGAGCUUGGUCAGACGCUUGCUCUCGCUGGAGUCAAACGGGCGACGGAGCGCGAGAAGAAGCUGAAAGCAUGGCUUGAGGACUACUAUGCGAAAAUGCCGGAAGAAGACACUGCACAACAGGGCGGGUCAUCCAAGAGGUCGAGGAAGGGGCGGAAAGGCCUGGCCACAGCAGCGUUCUCCUUGCGCGCACCCUCUCCCGAGCGCAAAGGACCGGAGGAUGUGACCAUCCCAGUGGACCGUAUCCCACCGCGUAACCAGAGGGUCCGUGUCCUCCCGUCCGCGCCGACUGUGUGCUCUCUGGCGACCAGUUUCCCCGGUGACCUGACGCCGGAGACGUACGAGGCGGUCAAGGUGGAGUUCGAGCGCGGCUGGGAAGCAGGCAUCGCGCGGCUCUCAUCGAUCCGCUUGCGUCUCCAGACGAGCUACCGGAACGGCAUCGCGCGCGUUGUCCGGUUCGCUGACCAAGGCACGCCUGAGUGGGAGGAAGAAGGGGAGCAUGGAGAGCAAGGCCUUGCGGGGUUGGUAGACGUCCGCAAGGACAGCGCGUUCGGGCUCGACAUUGCUGGGGAUGAAGAGGCUGGCAGGAGUUCGAGUAAGACACAUACGUGCCCGCUCUUAUGUCUCGCUGGUCCGGGGCGCGACGAUGCUCAUGUGGAUGGGUGCGGACACCGGAAUGCUUGGAAUGUUUUUAAGGAUGAGAUCUGAUGUUUUCACUAGACAGAUGUUUGUCAUUCAUGCUGUAGCCCUAGCCGUAGAACGCAUACGGUCUUAUCAACGUAGACAUUAGAUUAGAACUAUGAG